AAAGGUCUUGCAACAACAGUGAAUCAAAAUAAUUCUACAUAAGCCUUACACAAAAAUUCUGGACUGACUUUUAAACGCUGACUGUUACUUUAAUAGCAAGUACCGUUUUUAUAUAAACAAAGAAAAUCUUCCAAAAUGGAGUCUCAGAUCCGCCAGAACUACCACCGUGACUGUGAGGCAGCCAUCAACCGGAUGAUCAACAUGGAGAUGUUUGCUUCCUACACCUAUAAAUCAAUGGCUUUCUAUUUCUCCCGUGACGACGUGGCUCUGCCUGGCUUCGCUCACUUCUUCAAGGAGAACAGCGAUGAGGAGCGUGAGCACGCUGACAAGCUGCUCUCCUUCCAGAACAAGAGAGGAGGACGCAUUUUCCUGCAGGACAUCAAGAAGCCUGAUCGUGAUGAGUGGGGCAGUGGGCUGGAGGCCAUGCAGUGUGCUCUGCAGUUGGAGAAGACUGUAAACCAGGCCCUGCUGGACCUGCACAAGAGUUCCUCUGACAAGGUCGACCCCCAUCUGUGUGACUUCCUUGAAAAGUACUACCUCAAUAAGCAGGUGGAGGCAAUUAAGAAGCUGGGCAACUACAUCACCAACCUCACCAAGAUGGACACAGCCAACAACAAGACUGCUGAGUACCUGUUUGACAAGCACUCCCUGGGGAGCCAAAGCUAAACUACAGCCUCAUACAAGUGUUACCAUCUGGAGAAAUGUUCUACAGAACCUGUCUAUUCAAGUGCUUUGCACAUGG